AUGGACUUAUCUCUGGAUCCAGGGGCCCUCGCGAGGCUGGCUGCGCCGUACAGUGGUGCGGAUGGGCGUGAGAGCGCGGGUGGAAACCCCGCCGCUUUCCAUCUGCCGUUGAUGGACCCGGGCGUCUCGUUCACACCAGACGGAGGAUCCAACAUGUCAACUGACGGAGGGGGAGCGGGUGGGAACACCGCGCCGGUGUUCAAUCAGGCUAAUUUUUCCUUUGUGAGCACGCCUCCAGCUGUACUCGCGGAGAUGAUGCGCCAGGCCACACAAAAUCAGCAACUUGAGGGGCAACGAGCAGAACUAAUGCUCGCAGCACAGAGACUCCGAAACGAGGCUGAUGAAGCGUUCUCUGAACAUGAGGAGAUGAGGGUCCAGGCGAAGUUAUUCAUCACCGCAGCCGAAGCUGGAUAUCAAACACUACAAGAGCAGGCUCAGACUCAGUUCAUGGAAAUGUCCAUGAAUCACCGUCAGCAUAUCGCUGGAAUCGAAAUGGUUCAGAGUCAGAAGGUCUCAUCCCUCGAGAUGAACUUGGCACAGCAACAACAAGCGUCUAUGGAUUUGCAAAGGCGGCUAACUGAGACGGAAUCAAUCCAGGCGCAACUCCUGAAGGAGCUUCGCGAAAUGAAGCAACGGAAGGAUGAUGCGCCGGGCGUUCCGGAAGGAGCUGCCGAACUUCGUGAGUCCAUACCAGUGCAUGAGGUAAUGGUGGUGGUGGACCGCCAGGAGGGGGAGGAGACAAUCCUGGUGGAGGUCGUUCAUCAGGAUCGCAAGGAAAUGGUUCGAAGAGGAGAGAUCACUGACGCGGCCGAAGAGGAAGUCGAAACAGUCCUUGAAGUCCAAGAUGCUGUCGAGAGAAAGAAUGCUCAGUCUUUGCGCAAGGUUGCCACUCCUUUCCAUGAGGAGCGUAUCGCUCGUCCCACAGUGGAAGGAGAGGAGAAGCCAGGAGUCCUCGCACCCAUCGCAACGAGAGUCCUCAUGAAAGUGCUCUUCGCUGCACGCAUGGCCCGUUUUGAUCUACUCCGGGCGGUGCAGGGCCUCGCAGCUCGGGUGGAGGCCGAUGUGAUGCCCACUGUCCGCGAUCGCAUUGCGGCGUGGGAGAAGGUCUCCACUGACCUUCGUGCUGCCUGUGUGAAGGUGGCAUUCGGUGAGGAUCCCGAGGCUCACGUCCGCCGUUUGGCUUCCAUUCGCCAGCCGAUUGGGGUAGCCAUCCGCGGAACGCUCGGAGGUGGCAGCGCUCAGGGAUCGUUCGGUGAGAUCGCCGACUUGAUGGAGCGCGUGCCGGAGUGCCUAUUGGCGCAGCUGUCGAGCGGGCCGGAAGGCUCAGCCGAUUUGCUUAUUUGUGGUGAUAGCUCCUUCGCUGUCAUCCGUCAAAAGUUCAUCGGACCAAUGAUUAAGCCUGAAAUCACGAGAAUGGAUUUGGACUACGACUUGCCGAAAGCAUACAACCGGCAUCUCGGGGAGCACUACGGAUACCUGAUAUCGAGAGGUGUUCCGUGUGUGGAUCCAAGCACGAUGACGAACCAGGUCUUCUACCACGAUCAAUUCCACAUGAUCGAGUGCUACCAGACCCUCAAAUGGGGCGUCGCCGUCUACUCCGGCAUUGCUACCAGCGCAUUUCGGACCUUCCAAGUGAUGCAGUACAAGGAAGAGAUUGAACCGUUGACCAUCCUGAACGCCGGUGAAGGCGAGGGAGAUUUACAGUUGAUGGAGUUCAUGUUCAGGUACCCUAUAAUCUCGGAAGUUCGAGCUGCAGCUGACUUGAUGCUUGCCGGAAGGCGAGCCGUGGAUCAAAUCGAAUUGAGCCCGGCCGACAUUGUGGACGCAGUUGACCAAGAGAUAAUGAAUUGGUUGCUGCAAGAGGAAGAGACGGAUGUCGUGCGCCUGAAAGAUACCAGCCACGUGCUGGCUCAGGAGAUGACCCCGGAUGACCUGUUGCGAUUGCCCAUCGACGCAGAAGAAUUGGACGAAAGUGAGCACGAUGAGAGGCAUCGCAUCAUUAUGAAAGAGCUGUACCCAGACUUGCCAACUCCCAUGGGGGGCCAAGAACUCGUGGAAGAGUUCCCAUGGGAAGUCCCAGACGAAGGAGAUACGCUCGACUUCGAUGAGUGGGAACGGGCCCUCGAGGAGAAAAAGAAGAAUCCGGAUGCCAGCUCAUUCAUCCCGCCAGUUGAGGUGCCGCUUCCGCCACCGAAGACUGAGGAAGAAAGGGCAGAUGAUGAAGCCUUUGCUGAUGUUCGCACCGAAAAGUCCUAUGUGAUCGUUGAGCAUCCCGAAGAGGAACAACCAGACUGGGACGAUGAUGAUGCCGAUAAGCCCGAACCCAUGGAGGUCGACGAAAAGGCCCAAGGGGAGCAGAAGAUGGCGGAUGAAGAAGCCGCUCCCGAAGGCCAAAACGACGUCGAUCAACCAGCUGAGGAAUCCCAGGGCGGGGAAGCCAAGGAGACUCCGGGCCAGGCUCGUGAAGAAAAGACUCAAACUGAUGAUGCCCAGCCAAUGGAGAUCGACCUGACUGGUGAGGAUGACGCGGAGGAGGGAAAGCCGAAGAAAAAGCCCUCUGCCACGAAGCCCCAGAAGCCAAGCGUGCCGGAAGGUUCGCCGAAGCCAGAACUCACAGAGCUAGAAAAGGCCGCUGCUGAGGCCAAAGCUCACUACGAGGAACUGAGCUACGUCGACGAGAAAACCGGCCGAAUCGUGGUGAAAGGGGAACAGGAAGAGGGGGACGCUCGAUUCAAGAAGUGGAAAGAAGCAGAGCGGCUUGCUAUUCGGCCCAAGGCGCAGCCGAAGCAGGUGAGGCAUCCUAAUCUGGAACCCACCUUGCGGGCAAUCGACACCGAAGAUCCCAGUAAGGAUCUCGAAUUUGCCCAGCUUCCGGGACAAGAGGUUUGGCUAGGUCCCGAGCACCUUCGCCAAAUCCCGCGCCGGGAUGUUGAGUGGGGCCGUUUUCGGUGGAUCUCCCAAGAGCUCACAUCCCACCUCCGCGGCCAUAAGGAACUGAAAGGGUUCGACACGCCGGACUUCGAGGAGGACGGCAGUAAGCCCUGGAAGCCGCUCAUGGAAUGCCUCCAGAAACGCAUUAACCAAUGCAGGGAAUGGGAGGUGCUUCUGGUGAUCAAGAAUUCGGAAGACGAAAGAUUCGAGUUAAAGACUCGCCUGUCAAAGAGCCAAGCGUCCCGGGAGGGUCCGCCGCCAGUGCUUACCGGCUUUAUGCUGGGACAAGUGUGCAUCAUCAUCAAUGAGGAGAUGUCUGGCUGGGCAGGAAAGGGCGAAUCAAAGGGCAAGUCCAAGGGCAAGAAGGGCAAGGGCAAGGGGAAGUUUCGCGACAUCACGGACGAAGAUCUGAUGGCGAAUGAGAUUGUCCAGAUCCCCAAGCGGGUGUGCCCAUCACCCUUGUGUGCGACGAAGCACUUUGAUGGCCAGCACAAAUGCGACUACUGUCGUCAAGACUUGCAGGUCUGGUCCGACGCCCGAUCGGCCAGUGAACUUGCCCGGAUGGAAGAGACGGCCAACCUCAACGAAUCCGUUGUCGCUUUGGAUCAGCUUUCAACAAGAUCCUUUCGCAAGGCGAACGUCGUCAAAGACACGUCCAAGGGCGAACAGCAGCGCGGCGCCAAAUCGGCGUUCGGCCUAGUCAAGAGACUGGCCGUCAACUACGUCAGGAAGGCGAAGCAGCUGGGAUUGCCCGGACCGACGAAGCGACUGGAGGUUGACCCGUUGUUUGCCUACAACUGUGCAACAACGCAGCUCACGUCAGGGUCACUCACCUUUCUUCACCGGCUUGCACGAGCGAUCUUUGCCAACCCCGGUCGAAGCGCUCUCGAGCGGAAGAGGGCCCUUGACGACCAAGAAAGGGAGCACCACUCCAAGUUGUGCUUUAUCCCCACCAUUGCCAGGGACCCGAACGAUGCCAUGUCGAUCGAAGACGAAUCGUUCGUAUGUCAUCACAAUCGUUUCUUCAAUCUGAAGCAAUUUUCGAUGUGGUGCUCGCUGGCCCGCACACGCAACGAACCUGUCGUUGCUGUGGAGGGAUGGGGAAGCCUGGAGUGCGUGCCGGAAGGCGACGCCGUGCAGAUCCUGAGCGAUUUAGUGGAAUUUGCCGAGCGCAAUUGGGCUCGAGCCUGCGAGGGAACCGAGUACUCCGACACGACGAUCUUUUCAGGACGGUUUCCAGAGGUGAAGCUCACCGAGCGGCGAUCCACUGCAAAGGAAAGCGCGAAGACGGCCUUCGAUCCUCGCUCAAAAGGAGUCGGGAAGGACGCCAAGCUCUGUUACGAGUGCGGCUCACCCGACCAUCGUGCCCGCGACUGCCCAGAAGCAAAGGGUCGCAACAAGGGCAAGGGCAAAGGCAAGGGGAAGAGCCAGUACCAAGGAGGCUGGCAGAGCAGCUGGAACCAAGGAUGGGGAGGUUCCUGGGGCUCCGGUUCAUGGGAUUGGAACCGCUCCGGGCGAUCCUCAUGGCAGAGUGAGGCUGCCUCGUCAUCUUCCUCCGACUGGUGGUCCUCGUCCAAGGGAGGCUGGUGGAACCGCUGA